UUUUUUUUUAUUCCGGAUCAAGCUCCUUUUUCGCUAUUUCUCGUACACAACCUGUGCGUGAAUUUCUCCGCGUUUCUUCUUUGCUCAUUAAAUCACAGGAAAAUCGUGAUUUUUCAUCGCCAUUAACUCGAGGUAUUCACUGUAUAUUCUUCAGUCUCGGAGCUUUUGUUUCCAUAGACUUAGGGUUUUGGGUUUUCUCCCGUCUUGGCAGGGAUUCAGUUACUUGAGGACUUUCAUUUAUGAAGGUAAAGGGGUAAGGGAGAGAUUCAUUUGAUUCAUGCCAGGGAAUUCUUAGAGAAAGUAUGUCCAAAGUUAACCGAUCAGCUCGUAAGUUAAGGGAUGAGGAUCUUACCAGCUCUAGUGGAAGCUUUAGCAGGAAAAGAAUGGGUUUACGACCAAAGGGCUCAGACAUUCGUGGCUCUCUAACCAAUUCUUCAGGCUUGAGGAGGUCAGCUAGAGAGGUAUUAUCGAAGAAGCGGAAAUCACUAAGCUCGUCUUCUCAGAAAAAGCUUGAUAAAGCGGAUAAGUCAGGUUCUCCAAGUCAUUUGAGUCCCAAAACAUCGAAGAAAAAAACAAAGAAGAUUGGGGUUCUCAGUCUUCUAAAGGGAAAGAAGGUUGAUAAAUCUGGAAAGAAGGUAUCGUUGAGUCCUUCGAGCAAAAAGGUUAAGAAGACUGACAAGCAUGUGGCUUCAAAAUCUGGAAAAGGUGAGAAGAAAAGGGCUUCAACUUCUGCAAGUUCGAAAAAAUCAGAAAAAAAUGAGAAAAAAGUGGGCUCCAGCUCCUCAAAUAAAUCAGGGAAUGGGGGAACACAAGAGACAACAAGCAGCAAAGAAAGUGGUCAUAAGGAAAAUGGGGCAGAUAAAAAUGCUUUAAAGCCUCGGAGGAAAUUUUUGCAUCGCCAUGUAUACCGGGAAUACUUUAUCACAAGGCCACCCAAGGUGGAAGACGCUAAUGCCUCAGGAACAGAUGCUGGUAAAUCUGCCCAUAGUGAAGGAAAAGAUGACAAUCAGGUGUCAUUAGGUGGGACAAAAUUGCAUUCUAAAUUUGAAAGGGUAGUUGCUGGAUCUGGUUCUAAUUCUAAAAAGGAUGCUAAUGGUAUCACUAAUGGAAAAGAAAGGGAUGUGAUACAUCCAAAUAAGAAGCAGAAGUUUGAUACUGAGGAGGGUCAUUUAAUGAGCAACAGCCAAAGUACACCAGCCUCUCAGUCUCAGAGUGAGGACUCCCGUAGCAAGAAUCAGAGUACUGAUUCACAAACAUCAUUGGAUAGCCCCACAAUUAAAGAGGUUUUCAAUGAUGUUGAUUUUGAGAAAACCCAACUUCAGGGGAGUGUCACGAAAGGGAAAGCUGCUUUGGUGGAUAGUGUUUCAUCAGACAAAGGGGCAGAGAUGGUUGGUAGCACAAAUGAAGAUCACGGAGAGAAGGAUAACAUCUCUUUGCAAGAAAAUGUAGAGUCAGCUUUUUCAGAAGCGAAGUAUGAAGCUGUUGACACCAAUAAAGAUGCGGAUUAUCUAGCCCAAAAUGCCUGCAAGGAUAAAGUUUCUCAGAGAAAGCGUAAAACUGCAGACCGUGAUGACGAUACUAAAGUUACUGCACAUAAGGACCUUUGUGGUUUAGAGUCUUCUUCGGGUGAUGCGGCUUCAUCUUCUCCACCCAAAAGCAAAAGAAAUAAAGUUAGUGGAACAUCAGAGGUUCGUGAUGGGAGUGUUAGUGAAGAUCAUUGUGCUACCAACUUGGAAUUACAAAGGGUAAAUGAUGAUUCACGAAAUCUGGUCUUCAUGGCAAAUGUGAAAGCAUCAUUCACUGCAGUUUCUACUUCUGAGGAAGUUUCUGAGCGUGUGUCAAGAAGUUCUCCAGAAAUUGGGGUUGUAGUAAGCUGCCCCCAAGAGGAAAAGGCCGUGAAAAUUUUUAAGUUUGAUGCUUCUGGGAAACCUGAUGAAUGCAGAAAAAAAAAUAUAAACGGAUUGAUCGGAUCCUGUACUACCCCAAAUGGAGCACUUUCUCUGGAAGAAGAUAGAGUGAGACUGCAGGUUAGUGCCAGUAGAGAAAUUUUUGAAGAAAAUGCUGACAGUUCUCAACACAAGGAUUUGAAUGAUCAUGCUAAUCGCCAGAUCAAUGCUUGUAUCAUCUGCAACCGUGGUGGAAAGCUCUUGUGCUGUGAGGGAAAAGGUUGCUCAAAGAGCUACCAUUUACAAUGUCUUGAUCCUCCCCUGGAGCAUGUUCCGCCUGGCGUUUGGCAUUGCCUAUCAUGUGUGAAGAAGAAGAUAGAAUUGGGAUUACAUUCAGUGUCUGAGGGAAUUGAAUCCAUCUGGGAUGUCAGAGACGCUAAGAUUUCAAAUGAUGGCAGUAUGGUUUCAAAAGAGCAAUUGCAAGAGUUUUUUGUCAAGUACAAGGGACUUGCUCAUGUGCAUAACCGUUGGGUACCAAAGAGUCAGCUGCUUUCUGAAGCCCCUGCAGUUCUUGCAAAAUACAACAAGAAUAACCAGAAAGGCAAGUUUGUGAAAUGGAAUUCUGAGUGGACCAAGCCCCAUCGUCUUCUGCAGAAAAGAUUUUUAAUGCCCCCAAACAUAUUCUUCAGAUGUAGAAGUCACUUGUUUGGUUGUAAUACGGAGUGGUUGGUUAAAUGGAGGGGUCUAGAUUAUGAGCAUAUCACUUGGGAGCUGGAGAGUGCAACAUUUUUUAGUUCCCCAGAAGCCAAGUGUCUCUUCAGGGAUUAUGAAAGUCGUCUUGAGAAGGCGAAGAAAGUAUCUGAUCCGUCUAUAACCGAGAAGAUACAAAAGCAAAGGGUUAGUACUUUCUUGAGGUUGCAAAAGAUGACUGGUGGGGCCCUUGCAGGACAAGAGGGUCUUCAUUUAAGUUCUGUAAAUAAGCUUCGAGAGAUGUGGCACAAGGGUAGCAAUGCUCUUGUCAUUGAUGACCAGGAACGAAUAGCCAGAGUGAUCUCUUUCAUCUUGUCUUUGCAAUCUGAUAUAUGCUGUCCUGUUCUUAUUGUCACGACUUCCAGUGAAGUUUCUGUUUGGGAAUCAGAGUUCAUGCGUCUGGCCUCUUCUGUAAAUGUUGUUGUCUACAGUGGUAGCAAGGAUGUCAGAGAAAGCAUCCGAACAUUAGAAUUUUAUAGCCAAAAUGGUUGUGUGCUUUUUGAGGUGCUCGUAUCUGCCUCUGAUGCUAUUGUUGAGGAUUUAGAGGCUUUGGAUUGCCUUAGAUGGGAAGCAAUAAUAGUUGAUGAAUGCCACAGAUCAAGGGUGUCUAGGAAUCUUCAGCAAUUAGGGAAACUUGUGACUGAUUUCCGUCUACUUCUGUUUCGAGACCAAGUGAAGGAUAGUCUAACUGAUUACCGCAAUCUGCUUUCAUUUCUUGAGGCUAAGGUGGAAACUGUUUCUGGCAAAUCUUCGCCAAAUGAUUCUAACAACAAUAGUGCUGUGGAGUUAAAGGAGAGGUUUUCACGUUAUCUGGCUUAUGAGAACAAGUCAGAUUCCUCAAAGUUUAUUGAAUACUGGGUUCCUGUUCCACUUUCUGAUGUGCAACUUGAGCAGUACUGUACUAUUUUAGUCUCUAAUGCUAUUUCUCUUCGUUCAAAUUUGAGGAACGAUCAAGUAGGAGCUCUUCAGGGUAUUCUUAUUUCAACAAGGAAGUGCUGUGACCACCCAUAUCUUGUCAAUACUUCCUUGCAAGGCUUGCUGACGGAAGGUCUUCCACCAGUUGAGUUUUUAGAUGUUGGAGUAAAUGCUAGUGGAAAAUUGCAGCUUCUUGACAAAGUACUUACUAGGAUGAAAAGCCAUGGUCAGAGAGUGCUAAUCCUGUUUCAGCUCAUCGGUGGAUCGGGACCACACUCUAUAGGGGAUAUACUAGAUGAUUAUUUACGUCAAAGAUUUGGAGCAGAGUCAUAUGAGCGCAUAGAUAGUGGGUUGCUCAGUUCUAAAAAGCAAGCGGUCUUGCAGAUGUUUAAUAAUAAGGAGAAGGGGAGGUUUGUAUUUCUAUUAGAGAAUCGUGCUUGCCUUCCAAGCAUUAAGCUUUCUUCUGUGGAUAAUAUUAUAAUAUUUGACAGUGAUAUGAACCCAUUGAACGAUUUAAGGGCCUUGCAGAAAAUAACUAUAGACUCCCCACAUGAUAAAUUGAAAGUGUUCCGCUUUUAUUCUCCCUAUACCAUGGAAGAAAGAGUUUUAUGUUUUGCAAAGCAGGAUAUGGUUUUAGAGAGCAAUGUCCAAAAUAUUAGCCGUGGCAUGAAUCAUUUGUUACUCAUGUGGGGAGCAACAUACCUAUUUAAUAAGCUUGAAGAGCUCCGUAAUAUGAAGAGCUCAAGCAUGGGGACAAUGCAUUCUUGUGAUCAGAAGUUCUUAAAGGAUGUAGCCAGUGAACUGUUGAAUAAGAUGCUCGUUGGGAAUGAAACCAGUGAUGGAAAUGACAGUAAUGUUGUCUUAAGAGUUUUACGUGGUGGGUUAGGCUAUAAUAGAUUGAAUUCUUUGCUUGGUGAAUCAGAGAUGAACUCAGUAGGUGGUGAACUACCCCAGGCAUUUUGGUCCAAAUUGUUGCAAGGAAAAUCUCCUGAGUGGAGUCAUCUGACUGGGACAUUGCAAAGGACCAGGAAGAAAGUUCAACAUUUUGAUGGAUCAACGAAGAAAUUAGAACCAGAGAAUGUUAACCUGGAAGCCAAAAAGAAGCGCAAGAAACAAUUGAGCACCAUUGACCCAGCUACUCUUACACCUUGGCUACAGGACAAGAAAAAGGCAGUUGCUGAGGGCAAGAAAGAAUCAAUCGGUUUGCAUGGCUCUGCUCCUCCAUCUGCUACGAAAAACACUGCUUAUUGUAGUAACAUAGCUGAAGAAACCGGAGGGAUGUCUGGAGUACCUGAAGCUACAACUGCUUCAAAUCAUGGUGUACCUGGACUUUCCACUUCUAGAACAAAGCCAAAUCCUGAAAUUCCUGGGAUCCACAGGACAGAAUCUGAAGAUGGGAGAAGCAUUCGUGUUGCUCAGCGAAGUCUGCAUCUCUUAAUGAAGCCUGAGCUAUCAAAGCUCUCUGAAACCUUGCACCUUCCAGAAAAUGUGAAAAGUAUUGCUGCAGAGUUCCUUGAUUAUGUAAUGAACAACCACAAUGUCCCUAGGGAGCCAGAGACUAUAUUGCAGGCCUUUCAGAUAUCUCUGUGUUGGAUAGCCGCUUCCGUCUUGAAAUACAAGAUGGAUCGUGAUGCAUCACUUGCUCUUGCAAGAUGUGAGCUAAAAUUCGAGUGCAAGAAGGAAGAGGCUGAAUCUGUUUACUUGAAGUUAAAGCAGCUUCGCCCAUUUCUAAAGGACAUCACACGUGGACAAGUUUUCUCUGGUGAAGCUGACUCAGGUUCACAAGAUGAUAGAUCGAGAUCAUCGCGUGGUACGGAUGCGCAUGAAUUGGAAGAAGCAGAAAUUUGCGAAGAUGGAGAGAUACGAGAAGAGUCACGUGAGCGAGAUAUGCGAGUCCCCACUGAAAAGGUCAAUCCACAUCCCAACACAAAUGAGUCAGUCAAGGAUAACGGGCCUCAUACUAAUGCAAGUUUAAUUGCAAAGCUCAAUGCCGUGAAGCACAGUCGAAUGCAGUAUGUUCUCCAGAAGCAGAAAGAUGAAGUAGCGGAAAUUAUCUCUUUCUGGAAGAGAGAGAAACAAAAGUUGGAGAGGGCGAAGGAGAUAGAGGGUACUAGAAUCUUUGACAAGUAUAAGAACAGUAGCUCACUUCUAAAGGAGAAAAGCAAGUCCCUAAAAGACAUUUAUGCGGAGAAAAUGGAUGCUUUGGAUAAACGCGUUGAGAAGUACCAGCAAAACCUUUUUGAGCGUCAACAUGGGAUACGUAAUGAGGAAAACCAUCUGUAUUCUGUAUGGACUGAAGUUGUAAAAUCGGGUAAAUUGAAAAAGCCUUGUUUUGACCACCCAUUGCCUAAAUUUGGUUUGCGGCUGGAAGAUUUGGGUUCUUUCUCUAAUAGCCAUUCUGGUGAAAAUGAUUCAAGGAAUGGAAGGCCUGUUUUGGGUUCACCUAUUGAAAGCAAGAUUGAUAUGCAGGCAUUGGGUGGUUUAGCAAAAUCAAGAUCUUUAAAUUUGAUGGCAGAAGCCGAAGAAUCGAACCUCGUAAUAGAGCAGAGGGUCUCAGCUGGGAAUAUAGCCAUGGAGACUGUAACAGUUGCUGCAGAUACGGGGGCUAACUGUCUUGACGGUAGAGAUGUGGAAGUGGUGACUGUUGGUGAGAUAUCACAGGAUUCUGCUAGGAAUCAGUUUCAACCUGGUCCUGGCCUGGGAGAUUUGCAGCCAUCUCAUGAGAUAACAGUUGACCAUAAUCGACAUGCAGUUAAUGCAGUAAGAGAGAGUGUGUAUGGGACAGCACCUGAACCAUUGAGUAUUCCAAUGGUACAAAGGGAUGAUGCUACCCUACUUCAACCAGAAAGCUCAGAUCAUAUUGCUUCUCCAUCGAGGCCCAUCAUAGAGACACAUAACGAAUCAGCAGUUUGUGAUGUUGCUAAGAGGCAAAAUGGGCCGGCAAUUUCAGAUAGAGAAAAUGGCCCAGCAGCUUGUUCAACUGUAGAUGGUCAAAAUGGGCCAGCAGUUGGUGCAAUUGAAGAGAGAGAAAAUGGCGUAGCUGCUUGUUCAAAUGUGGAGGGGGAAAAUGGGCCAGCAGUUGGUGUAAUUACAGAGGGGGGACUUGGGCCAGCAGUUGGUGCAAUCACAGGGAGAGAAAAUGGGCUGGCAAUUGGUGCGAUCACAGAUAGAGAAAAUGGGUUAGCGGUUCGUACCAUUGCCGAGAGAGAACAUGGGCCUUCAAUUGCAGAAAGAGAAAGUUGCCAAGCAGUUGUUGCACCUGUAGAGAAAGAAACUGGGCCAGUCGGUGCAAUUGUAGAUGGAGAAAAUUUGCCAGCUGUUGGUGCAAUUGUAGACAGAGAAAAUGGGCCAACAGUUGUAACGAUUGCAGAGAGGGCAGUUUGUGUGACCUCAGAGAGAGAAAAUGGGCUAGGAGUUGGACUCGCAGAGAAUCAGAAUGGGCCAGAGCUCGGUCCGACCCUAGAGAGAGAAAAUGGGCCUGCAGUUUGCACAAUUAUAGAGAGAGAAAACAACCAUGCAGCCUGUGCAAUCACAGGGAGAGAGAGUGGGCUGACUCCUGAACCACGUGCUCCAUCCACCCAACCUCAACUUGAAGAUCUGAAUCUCAUUGCUUCCCCUUCAAGGCCUGUCAUGGAGUUGCAGCAAGAAUCUUUGGGGAUCACUUUGCAUACUGAAGUUCCAUCAACUUCAGGUUCUGGUAGUGGAAGUGCUUUAUUGGCUUCUAUUAUGCAGCCUGUGCAAACAGCCCCAUCUGCCUCACGGUCAUUGCAGCCUGGUCAAUCUGAUCCCCUCUUCAAUGAGAUAAUCAGAAUCAGCAAGGAACAGGAGAUGGCAACCAAGAAAUAUGAAGAUGACAAAUUGCGUCUUAAGCUGGAGUGUGAGAGAGAGAUAGAAGAGGUGAAGAGAAAGUAUGGAGCUUUGCUUCAGGACACUGAGACUGCAUUUUCACGAAAGAAGACGGUUUUUGAAGCAAAUUUAAGCAAGGUCAAUAUGAAUCGAUGGUUGGCUGAGGCAUUCAAGCUUAGGUUGCAUGAUCUCAAAAUGUCACCCUUGCUCGUGCAGGCACCCCUACCAGGAAAUCCCUCUUCUCUCCUGCACUCUCAUCAGCCAGUACCAAGGCCAAUGCAUCCUCUAGCCACACCCUCUGUUCCCCAUCCCUCAAAUCCAAACCCUAGUGGACCCUACCAUUCAAGUCCCCAACCAUCUGUGGACCCCACAAAUCAAUUGUUUCCCCAGCACCAAUGGCCCCACCAAGCUCUAGAUCAACGGGCCACCCGUCCUCAAAGCCCUAGCCUCUUAAGGCCUCCAUCACCAAACCCUAAUAUCUUGUCAAGCAGUGGGACCGGUCAGCUCCCCCCAUUUAACCCUGUCCCUUUUCCUAGUCAAUUGGACUCGACUCACUUAGGGGCCCAAAUCCCUGUAAUGAUGGGGAUGCCGCACUUGGUUUCCCCACAAUUUCGGGUUCUGAGUACUGUCGGGUCCACUCAGGCGAUGGACCCAUCGUCGCUUGCGAACGUCGAUUUGCCAGGCACCAACAGCCAGGAUUUAUCCUCGUUCUUGGAUACCAAUCUUGCUUUUGACAUGGGGGUUUCUUCUCAGCCUCAAGUGGUUUACUUAUCAGACGAUGAUUGAGGUUAUGGCCCUCAUUUUUCUGGAAUUUUGACCUGGAAAAAAUGCUUAGUUGUAAUUUAAUGGGAAAAGAAAGUUUGGGUCUUCCAUGAUGGGGAAAAUAUUGGGUUCUUCAAAGAUAAAUGGGAAAGCUGUUUCUUAGGUCGAGAUUGGGUGGCAAAUGAUGAUUUUGAUUGAGAUUUGGAUGGUGAGAAGGGUUGGCCCCAUGAAGUGUAUAUCCCUGUCAAAUAUAUUUCUUCAGUCUUCGCUUGCCGGCGUUCAUCUCGUUUUGCCGGAAUUUUGUGAUGUAGAACGGAUAUGGUGGGCCCACAUGAUUUUUUUCUUUUUUAUUUUCUUGGAGGUGGUAUUAGUAACCUCUUAGAGAGAGAGAGAGAGAGAGAGAGAGAGAGUUGGGAUGUGGAGUUUAGAAAUGGAGAUGUCAUGCAUGUGGGGGAGCAAAUCUGUGUUUUAUUUUGUUAUAUGAUCAGUUGAGAAGAUGUACAUAAUGUUAAUGAAGGGAAGGGUUGAGAUUCUUUGGAUAAUAUGUUACAAGUUCAUGAAUCAAUGCUCGGUUACCUUUUAAAAAUGAAAGUCCACAAAAAGUUAAUCAA